AUAUCGCUUUCAGCUAUAUCAAGGUUACCUCCUCAUUCGCAGAUGGACUGUGGUAACGGCUUCAAGAUAAAUUUGGAACGUUCUCCAGAAAAUCCUCUUGUUUGUUCAGUGUGCUCAGGUCGUGAAGUGUUUGGUAUAUUACCUGCUUGCCUGCAUGUAGUGUGUGUAACAUGUGCCGAAUAUAUGCGUAAGGAUGAUGUAUACUGUUGCAUUUUAUGCAAAGAAUCAAGCCAAAAGAUUAUCAGUAAUCCUAACAUUUGUAAUUCAGAAAACACCAAUAAGUCACCCACAUGCAAUUGGUGCCAUGACAAUGGCGAACAGACAAAAUCAAUCGGACAUUGCGAAGAUUGUGACAUAUGGUUAUGCGGAGAAUGCCUAAAGGGCCAUAAUAGAAUGCCUCCAUUACGCAACCACAACAUCACACUUCUUUCUAAAAGCGAACAUCUAGGCUCACUUCGAUGUGAAGCACAUCCGAACGAAGCACUAGAAUGCUUCUGUGAGGCUUGUGGAGUAUUAACUUGUCGUGACUGUCAGCUAUCAGUUCACAGAGACCAUGGAAGCCAUCGAUGGGUUGGAGAAAAAGCUGUUCAACUAAAGGCUCCCUUAGAAGAGGGCAUUCAAAACCUCAAAGAAUCAGGAAAAAAACUAUCUUCUGCCUUACUUUGUGCUACUAGCGCCCGUACUUGCAUGGAGGACAGCUUCAUAUUCAGUGUGGAAAAAGCUCGUCAAGAUAUCAAGUCACGGACGUCUUCCCUCAUUGAUUGCAUUCAAAAUCGUUCUGAGUGCCUCUUGAAUGAACUUGACAAAAAGGCAGAUGCAUAUAUCGGUCGACUACAGGAGACGGAGAAUUUGAUACGUAAGCUCCAGGAACAAAUAAAUUUUGCGUCGGCAUUUUCAAAUCAUCUCAUUCAAAAUGUAGACAGUGAUCCUGCCAGCUUAGUGCAGUUGUAUGAAACUGUCAAACUUCGACUUGAUUUGCUUCAAAUAUUGUCGGAACAAGUUUUGAGUGACUCACCGUCCGUAAUUGAUUCGUUGGAUCAAAAACUGAAAGAUCGAAUUAAAGAGUCCAGUUUAUGGUCUGAAAAUGUUAUUGGCUGGCAUACUAUGGUCAAUACACGAGCAUUGUUUCUUGGCACCUGGGAUGCUGAGGAAUUAUGUCGAUAUUCUGGAACAAUAGCAUGGUUACCCAAACAAGCUAAAAAUACCUUUUCUCUUAAGGACAAUAAUCAAACAUUUGGCAGUCAGGUAGUUGUGAAGACAGAAAAUGGAUUAUCGAAAAAUAAUGACUUUGCAAGUAAUCAACUUUCUGCUGAUACGAAUGAUUUUCUGGAUUCUCUGGCAGAAUUGGAUGGUGAUAAAUGGACAUGUGGAGAAGCUAAUGGUGAAUCUAAUUCUUCUCCAGUAGGAUGUGCUAUCUGUUUUGGAGUUGGACUACUCGCACACUGUGGGCGUUGUAGCCGGGCAUAUCACUUGGAUUGUCAUUUGCCUCGGAUAAACAGUAUUUCAUUAACACCUAGUUGGGUUUGUGGUCUAUGUGCCGACGAUGAGGUUGAUUCAGCUAUCCAUGUUGAGCAGUCCGUAAAUGGAAGGUUUUCUCGCAGUGAUUACCUAGCAGGGUGUCGAAUUUUAAUGGGUUUGCUAGUUCACGAAGAAGCUGUUCAUUUUACUGCAUCGGUUUGUCCAGCAUGUUCGGUUCCCCUUCUAUCUACCAGUCAAUCUAUGCCUCAUUGUCCUGCAGGUCAUCUUUAUCAUCGUCUUGCAGAACUUCGGUUAUACUUAGAAGAAGCAGCUUCCACUCAAAAUGGUCGUUCAGAUACAUAUUCCAAUCCUUAUUCAGACAGUAAUCAAUGUCACUUCACUUGCCUCAGUGAUUGGCUCGUGGAGGUAGAUAAGUUUUGGUCAGAUGCUGCUAAAGAAACUAAUAUUCGUGGCUCCACUAAGGGUUGUCUGCAAGCAGCACGUCGGCUUCGAUCUCGUCUAAACUCACUUGUCCGUGAACAUCGACCAGACUGUGAAGCUAUUUUAUCGGGCAAAACAAUAGCUAAUGAUUUGAUCAGUGAACCACUUAGUAAUAAUACAUCUGUUGUAGAUAACUGUAUACCAGAGCCGUAUGUAUUGAAUACAUCUCCCGUUCCUCUGAAAAACGAAGUUGGUGAAUAAUAGUUUAGUAAAAGCAUCAGCACUUGUAUAACCCGGUUAACUAAGCAAGCAAGCAGUUCAAUAUACACUCCCUAGCAUAUGCACACUAUAUAUAUUUCAUAAUGUAAUAUCCCAUUUUUGUAAAUGUACAAGUAUAAUUCUUUUUACAUAUUCCUUACUUUAUUAAGAAAGUUAUCUGUAAGGUAUUCUUUUUUUGUACACUAUACUUGAUAUUGUAUUUUAGUGUUACGUAAUAUUUUUGUUACUUGACAACGACACUUUAUCUCUUCAUUUUCCAAAACGUAUGAAAGCAUUUAUGCAUUUAUAUAUCUGUUGUUUCGUUGAACGCUCUAUUUUGAAUGAUAGUUUUUAAGGAGGAUACAUAACCAAAGGUGUAAAUCGUCACCUGUUCCUUUUCUACCCUGAAGUAUCCAUAGUCUGUUUUGCAUAUAAAUGUCUUAGGUGAGGACUUCUCAUAAUAUUGUCAAGUCAGAGUUUGUGUAAAGCUAUAAUUAAAACAAAUACAAAUCAGCCUUCAACAA